AUGGGCUCAACCGUUGAUGAUCACGACGAGAACUUUUGGCUCUUUGGCUACGGGAGCCUCAUCUGGAAGCCCCCGCCACACUUUGACAAGAGAAUCCCCGGCUGGGUCGACGGCUAUGUUCGACGGUUCUGGCAAGCCAGUGAGGACCACCGUGGCACGCCAGAGGCGCCUGGGCGCGUCGUCACCUUGAUCGAGCGUUCACACUGGGACACAUUGGGGGACCACCACCACGAUGCGCCCAAGAGCGUCUGGGGCGUCGCAUAUCACAUCAAGCCCGCAAAGGUAGCAGAGGUCAAGAAGGACCUUGACAUUCGCGAGAUCAAUGGGUAUUCCAUCCACUUUGCGCCCUUCCAGCCGGCCGACGGAUCAGCCGAGAUCAAGACCCUGGUGUACAUUGGGACGCCGGACAACGAGCAGUUUGUAGGAGUGCAGGACCCCCAGGAACUGGCGGCGCAUAUUCACAAGAGCGAAGGGCCCAGUGGACUGAACAAGGAGUAUUUGCUCAACCUGGACAAGGCCCUCUGUGAGCUCGACGCCGUGGCGGAUAGCCACAUUCAUGAUCUGGCAGAUCGUGUCAGAGCGCUGGAUGGUCCUUCACACGCGGAUCCAAGGUCGCCCGCGUUCCACCGCAACACCAGCACGCGGGAAGCAGAAGAAUUCGAAAAAACAGCGUGA